AUGGGAGGUUCCAAAGCUGCGAUUGAGGUGGCCAAGACGGUCAUCGAGGUGGCUGACGUGGCAUGGACGGCGAUGGAGUUCGGCCACCACCACCUCCACACCCACGAUCAAGAAGAAACCGGUACCCAGGCGAAAGCAGCGGAAUCACUCUCCGCAAAUGAAGAAUUGGAGGGCUUAAGAUCCGAGAAUCGGCGGUUGAAGAGUUGGUCGGUGCACAAUCUCAAGCUCCUUCAGAAUUUGUCAGAAUUGCCUCGCUUGAUGAAUGAUUGCCCUCCUGACCUAUAUGCUCGUCUAGCUGCCACUGUGGAUUCUGAAAAGUUCUUGAGUCAGCUUAAAUCUCUUCAAGAGGCAACCAGAAAUGGAGCUACUCCUGGAUUCCCUUUCAACGAGGCUACAGGUGAUGACUUGCACAAUGUGGAAGUUCUGAUUAAGAUUGACCAAGAAGAGCCUAGUAGGUGGGUAUGGGUCACAAAAGAAAUUAUUCAUGGCAAUACUGAAGAACAUACUGGAAUUGAUAAUGAGUGUUACGUGGUCAUCAACGAGGACCAGGUAGUUGAUGCAGUUGCUACCUUUAUGGCUAAGUGCGUCACUGCAAACCCAAAAUCACAAAAACUUUCCCCCGAGGAUCUCCAGAAAGGUGAGUUAUUUGCCACCCUCCAUCAUGUCAUUGGAAGCGAUCUCUGGAAACUAACCAGUGUUGGAUUUUUUUUUCUUCUAGCAAUGCUAUUGAUCAUAUAUGAAAAGGUGUUGAUGACUGUAAAUCUAAUAGAAGUAGUCUCACGUAUUGAGGAUAUCUUAAAGCUCCAAACAUCAACUUUCCUAUUCGUUUUCAAUUUUUGUGAAAAUAAUAUUCAUAUCCUUAUAUCCAUUAUGUACUCAUAUAACGAGCUUGUGAAUUUGCAGCCAUCACACAAGCUUUGGGUGGUGGUGGUGGUGUUAGCAAAUUCGAGAGAGCAAUGGAUAUUUGGCACGCUUGGCAGCUGUUUUAUGCUCUUUCGACAUGGGGAAUUGCAUUGGCAGGGUGAGUGUUUCUGCAUUUACUUUUAG